GGGGAAGGGGGUGGGGGCAGGCCACACCACAGAGCCUGGGACCAGAAGGACACACAGACGCAGAACUCUGGCCAGUGAGGGCAAGACUGGCCAAGGAUGGUGACACCCAGGACUCUGGGGGUCCUGCUUCUCUCGCUCCUCCUGCUCCGGGCCUCAGGUAUGGAAAAUUCUAAGAAGGAACUGAGGAAAGAACCUGAGCAACCGAGAAAUGUCUGCCUGGGGCUCAUCAAUAAGGGCCGGUAUGAAUCUUUCCACCUGGGGAAUACUGCUAAGUGCUUUUCGAAGUGCACGCAGUCAAACACUGAAGACUGUGACCUGGAAAACUUGCAAAGGUACUGGCUGAAAUUUGAGGACCAUCUGGUGGAGAGUCAGUCGGGCAUAGUGAAUAUGUCUUUUUUGAAGGCUGCUGUCCAGAAUGUCAACACCAACAUCUCAGAAGACCUGCUCUUCUCUCUGACGCCUUCCCAGGUUCCAAGGCAGAUGACAGAGGAUGAGCAUGAUCAUCCCGACAGAGUCCGGCUGCCCAGGAGCCUCUUUGAAUCCCUGCAGGGCAACAGGUCGGAAGUCUGGCUGGCCAUCACCAUCCUGGACAUCGGUCCGGGGAAUCUCUUCAAGGGGGCCCAGCUCAGCCCGGAGGACAGCAGCCACGUGUUGAACAAUCGCCUGGUGGGCUUGAGUUUGGGCCAUAUACCUGUUGGCCCGCUGGUUGAGCCUUUGGAGAUCACCUUCUCCCACCAGCACCUACCCACUAACAUGGCCCUCAGCUGUGUAUUCUGGGAUGUGACUAAAGGGUCGACAGGACACUGGUCUUCCACGGGCUGCUCCACGGAGCUCAGAGCCAAGAGGACCAUCUGCCGCUGUAACCAUCUGACCUUCUUUGCUUUGCUGCUGAGGCCGAUCUUGGACCAGGCCACCGUGCAAGCCCUCGUUCGCAUUUCCCGGGCUGGCUGUGGAGCCUCUAUGAUCUUCCUGGCCUCCACUGUCAUCCUCUACGCUGCCCUAAGGUUCUACCGGCAGAGGUUCAAGUCAGAAGAUGCUCCCAAGAUCCACGUGGCCUUGAGCAUCAGCUUGUUUCUCCUGAAUCUUGCCUUCUUCAUCAACGUGGAGCGUGACCGUGUGCCCUUGGAUACCGUCUGCUGGAUCCAAGGGGCCAUCUUCCACUACUUCCUACUCUGCACCUUCACCUGGAUGGGCCUAGAAGCCUUCCACCUCUACCUGGUGGUCAUCAAGGUCUUCAACACCUACUUUGGGCACUACUUCCUGAAGCUGAGCCUCGUGGGCUGGGGCCUGCCCGCCCUAAUCGUCAUUGGCACCGGGAGUGCCAACAGCUAUGGCCGCUAUGCCAUCUACGACAAGAUGAAUGGUACCACACUGCAACUGUGCUGGUUCCAUGAGAAGACGGCUCUCUCUGCCCUCUACAUCACUGUCCAUGGCUACUUCCUUGUCACCUUCCUCUUCAGCGCUGUGGUCCUGGGCCUGGUGGCCUGGAAGAUCUUCACUCUGCCAAGUGCCACAGUGGGCAGGGAGCAGGGGCUGAACUGGAAGGGCGUCCUCACUGUGCUGGGCCUCUCAAGCCUCGUGGGUGUGACCUGGUGGCUGGCCAUCCUCACGCCCCUGGGCCUGUCCACCAUCUAUGUCUUUGCCCUGUUCAACUCCCUGCAAGGUGUCUUCAUCUUCUGCUGGUUUGCCACGCUCUACUUUCCAAGCCGUGGUACCAUGUCCUCUUCUUCUGGCACUGCCCGAGUCGACCAGGUCCACACCACGUCGCACGAAUAGGAGACCUCCGUAUGGUCAGGCUGGGAGCUGGCGCUACCUUCUGGACUCAGCUCUGACUCCCUGUGUGACCUCAGGCUGCUCCCUGUUCCCUCUGGGCUUCAGUUUCCAUGUUUGUAUGAUGGGGCUGGGGUGGGAGGAGAUGGGGACCAGGUUGGACCCACCUAGCCCCAAAGGUUCCAUCUAGAUACUUCUGUGGGUCUUAGAGUCCACAAAUCCAGGAUUGCAGGAGUCUAUAACUUACAACUCUAAGACCCCUGGUAGCAGAGAGCGAUGCCCCCCAUCCCUACCUCCUACCUUCAUAGCAAAGCAGCUUAUCUCUGGCAUUGGCCCCUUCCUGAUCUCGCUCGGUAAUAGGGGAAUCUGUUGCUCACACAGCCCCCUGAAGGAGCCUAGCCUCUCCCCUCCCCUCCUCUUGCCUCUACCCUCCCACAACCCCACCUCUGGCUGCCUGUCUUCAUCCCCUUAGGCACUGGGGCAGCUGCAGACGAGACCUUUGGGCCUGUCUUCAUGGAUGGGCUCCCACUGUUCAGGAGGCGCCAGCCCUCCAGCUAUCUGUGGACACUGAAUUUCAGGGAAUGCCAUUUAUUCAGUAGCGGGUGUGAUGCCACAAGCAGGCCCUCUCCCCACUCUGACUGCCAGAUGUGUCCUGUCACCAUGGGGUGGAGGGCAGAUGGUCCAGGGCUCUGCACACUCAUGGGCUCAGGGGCAGAGCAGGGGGGCAGCAGGCUGGGUUGAGCAGAGACAGGGCAGGUUCCCCCCCCCCCCGCCCCCCCAGAAUCUGAGCUCUAAUCAACAGAUCAUCGGCCUCACUCACCAGUUUUCAGCCCAGGCUGAGCCUGACGCGGUUCAGGCCCUGAAUAAAUAUCUGUCGGCUAAAUAGAUGGAUGUGUGAGUUUGACAUCAGCCCGACAGGAUUCUGAGCCAGGGGAGUGUCUCAGAUGCCCAGCUUGGGUAUGUGUCACCUCCAGCGACCGGGCCUCUGUUUUGCAAUAUUGCGAUGGUUUCCUCAGUAGGAAACAGAAGAGGCAGAGAUAAGAGAGAGAGAGAGACAGAGAGAGAGAGAGAGUGAGUGAGACAGAGAGGGAGAAUUAAUAGGUAAACCAACGCAAAGAAAGAAAAAAAGAAUGGGGGGGACAGAAAGACAGCAGUCCCCUGGCCAGCCCCACCACACGCAUCAUACCCCAACUCUAGCCAUAAGUUCCUAACCACUGGGGCCCUCUCACCUUCCCUACUCACCCCUGUUCUUGCCAGUGUGCUUUGCUGAGGUGAAGCACCUGCUAGCAGUGAGAAGCCACUACUCUCAGACCAUCCCCCACACCCCCCCAUGCCCUCUCUUCUCCCUCCUCCCUCCUCCCACCCAGCAAACAGAUGAAAGACAGGAAGGCAGGGGCCCUUGCUUUAUGCAAGUCCUUGUGUUCCUGGAAGAGAAAUUCUAGGGUGUGGACAAUUGCAACAGUCGAGCCACAUUAUAUCAGUUUUUGUGGACAAGCUUGGUGGGUUUGGGGACUUACUUUUAUGGGCAUCUAUUUCUCACGCUGGAGGGGUGGGUUUCCUUACCCCAAAGUCUCAGAGUUUCUUUUUUUAAAAAUAUUUUAUUUAUUUAUUCAUGAGAGACACAGAGAGAGAGAGAGAGAGAGAGAGAUUGAGAGAGAGUGAGAGAGAGGCAGAGACACAGGCAGAGGGAAAAGAAGGCUCCACACAGGGAGCCCGAUGUGGGACUCAAUCCUGGGUCUUCAGGAUCACGCCCUGGGCUGAAAGCAGGUGCGAAACCGCUGAGCCACCGGGGCUGCCCAGUCUCAGAGUUUCUGAACACAAACCUGUGUGCUCCAUAGCCGCUUCCGUGUCUGACAGGCCUGGGUUCAAAUCCUGGCUCUGCUACUUAGGGCUACUUAGGGCUGUGUGAUGCUGAGCAUGUCACCUUACCUCUCUGAGCCUCAGUGUCCCCAUCCAUAAAAUAGGGAUCAUUGAGUUCUUGCCUUGACCCGAGAGCAUUAACUGAGGUGACAAAAAGGAAAGAGGCUGGUACUGACACAGCAGGAAUUAGAAACCCCUGUGGCUUAAAGGAAGAUGAGGUGGAAUCUUUGUGUGAUGCACAAGCCUUUGAGGCCUGUAUGUGACAUGGGAGGGUCCGAAGGGUUAAAGCUCCCUUCCAGAUUCCUUCUACAGCCCUGCUAAGUGGACUGACCCCACGUAGGAGGAGAACAUAGAAGCCCAGAGACGUCCAGCAACGUGCCCAAAGCUACUCUGUAAGCGAGGCUGACACAGAGCUGGGCUUCUCUGGGCUGCCCAUGCUUCCUCCUAGAGCAUUUCCUGGGUUCCAGAAUUAUUGCCUCAGCCCUGAUCCCCAAGUCUCUAGGGAAACACUGGGCUCUACCUUUCCCGGUUGAAUGUGGGGGCAACAAAACUACAGCCACCAAAUGGCUGGAGUUCCUGAUGCAGAUGGAGAGGGAGACGUGGUAUUGUGUUUAAUGGUGAGGACGUGUUCCUUUUCCACUGACUGUCUACCCCAGGGCGAGGCAGGGGCAGAGGGGCUGUGCUCCCUCCUUACCUGGGGUUACUGUAAAAGUGGCUCCGAGUGCCCAGCUGAGCACGUGCUAAGGUCAGGUGGAGCUCUGGCAAAAAUGGCAGAGACCCAGUGCACAUGGAUGAGAUUCCACUGUCACCGCUCUACCUAGUAACAAUCUACUGCUGGCAGCACCAUGACAAAAAGCAUGGACUCUGAGGUCAGCCCGUCUGGACCACAUUCUUCCUCUGCAACUUGCAUUGGGCCAGUUCCUCACCUACUGAGCCCAUAAAGUAUAGCAGUAACUACCCCACAGAAUGGAUGAAGACUUCAGGGAAAGCCUGGCUGCAAGGCUGCCUGGUGUCUGGACCCCUGGCCCUGCAGAAAAGUGACUGAGCCAGAGCAAAGCUCUGGCCAUUGCCUUAUGAAGCUUGAGGUUGCAGUGGUCAUCUGUGUGCCACAAGAAGGGCCCCCCAUCAUGCCCCCACGUCUCGUUGUUUCUGAACUUCUUUACUCCUUGUAUUUUUCAUUAUGUUAUAAUAAAUGUACAGGAAAUAAGAGGA